AUGUCCACGUCGGAAUACAACUCCCCACUAAAGCUAAACGCCUUGGCAAACUUGAGCAGCACGCCUACACUGAAUUCAUUGGCAAAAAUUAAUGCUCCUGAAAGUUUGAAUAGUUCACCAAUAUUGAGCAAAUUGGCAAAGUUGAAUGCUUUGCCAAAUUUGAGAUCAUCGCCAAUGUUGAAUAUACUGGAAAACAUAAACACAUCGAUGGAGGCAAACACAUCAGUAAAUUCAAAUUCAGCAAAAGAAGUGAAUAUCUCAUUAGAUUCGGAUAAUGGAAUAAAGUUGGACACUUUAGCAAAUUCAAAUAAUGCAGCAAACUUGAGCAGUUCGCCAGAUAUAAAUAACUUGAACAUCACAUCAGAUUUGACCCCUGUGGUAGCUGAAUUAGAAAAACUUUGCGAGUCAUUUUCUCAGAAACAGCCUACAUCUUUACCAAAGAAUUCAUCAGGAGAGGGUGAGAUAUUACCAAGACGUUCUAAUGAACUGGAAAAUAAUGAAAGUGAGGAAAAUUUUGAUGAACUUAGCUAUUGGGAAGCGAAUUGUGAUGAAUUAAAAUCAAAAAUUGAACGCCUCCAACAAAAUGCAGCUUCAAUAAUUAAUUCUUGCGAAUUGCAGUUGGAACAAAGUGUUAAUGAAAAACAAUUUCUUGAAAAAAAAAUAUUAAAAGGUCAAGAACAAGUUCGAAAAUUAGAAGAAUUGGUAGGAGAGCAACACAAGAUUAAAAUACGAUUAACAGAUACCAUAGCUACUGGGCAAGCAAGAGCAUUGGGACAAAUUGAGGAGCAUAGAAAGGGAUUAGUGGAGGCUGCAGAACAGAAGAUAUUGUCAGUCACUAAAACUUACCGCAAGAGCGAAGGUGAAUGUAAAAAAUUAGAAGAAACAUUUCAAAUGGUACAAAAAAAAAAUGAAUAUCUUACUAAUCGUCUGGCAUCAGCUUUGGAUGAAAUGAAGAAUACAGAAGUUGGAGCAAUGAAUGAAAAUGAAUUCCGUUGUUGUUUUGAGAAACGAUUAAGUGCAAUUGGAGAAAAACUGAAAACAGAAGUGACAAAUCCUGACAUAGUAUGGGUCGGUCAAGAAAAUUUAGAAUAUGCUUUGAAUGGAUUUAGUGCAGCUGUAGAAACCAUCUUGGAUGAAGAGCCUUGUCUUGCCAAUUUAGCCCGAAGAAUUAGUGGCCUUUUGAACAGUGAAAAAAAUAUUACAAAUGAGGCAAAGAUAUUACCUGAGAAUGAAGGUGAUAGAAAUUCAGCGUGUCUUCCACAGGAGGAAAUUAUCAUGGAAUUAAAAGAAGAGAUAUUAGGCGGAAUUCAGGAAAUGUUAGAGAAGCUUCAAGAUCAACAAUCAGCACAACUUUUGAAUAAUGUUUGCAAAAUCAUAGAUGGAGUGAAAAAUUCAACGAAAGAUAUUGAUGCUAAUUUGAUAUUGCGUUUGGAAGAUUUAGCUUGUAUUGUGAAUGCUCUUGGCAAAAAACAAGCGAAAUUUUCUACUAUGGAAGAAAAAAUGGAAACUGUUAAAUUAAAGAUAGAUAUACUUUUUCAAGCUGUCACUGAAUUCAGCAAGCAUGUUAAAGCUCGAAAAGAAAUACAAAAAAUAACUGAGAAAUCGCAGUUGCAACAUACAGAUGCGUCAAGUAAUACAUCACGUCUUAGCAAAGAAAGUGCGGAUAGUCCAAAAUUUGAAGUUAGUGAUGAUUUAAAAAUGCGAUUUGAAGAAUCUCCAAAGAGAAUAGUGAUUUCAUCUGAAGAAGAAGAUGAUGAAUAUCCUUCCCUGCAUAAUCUUUCAGCUAAGUCAAGUCAUAAAAAGUACAAAGGUAAGAGAAGAGAUGAUUCACAAAGUUCGACAGAAGCUUUGAUAGAAAGUAAGUAUAUUUUAACCUAUACAAACGUUGUAGGAGCAUUACGAAUUCAUCAAAGAUGGAAGAAUGCAAAGGGUAAUGAAGAGCAGAAAACUUCGCCUGUGGCACUGAAAGAAGAAAUUUUGCAGGAAGACGUUAUGAAUGCUUUGUCACAAAGUGUGACAAAUGAAUUGAGUAAGAUGUGCCAGCAAUCGGAAAACUCAGCAUGUAGUGGGCAUAGCGAUGUUUUAAAAUGGAUAAUACUUACUGGGUGGUCGUUAUCUGAACAGUUUAAUUACAGUCCGGACGGUGUUUCGGCAGUGCAUAGGCAGCGUAUAAACAUUACUCUGAAAUUAUUUUGUAAUAACAUUGGAUUGUAUCAUAGAGAUGUGAAAUUUCAAACUGCCGCACAAAUAAUCGUUGGAAACUUUGUUGGUGGUCUAAGAGAUCAAGUUGAUGUAAAUGAUCACUGUGCAGGAUAUUUCUGUAGUUUGGAUGCCCGUCAAAGUGUCAUAGUUCUGGCAAAAAUGUUUGGCAACUUCUUGGGUGGUCUGAAGCAAGAAAUUUGUAACUUCCCAACAAAGUUUCCAAUACGUCAAACAAAUCGGAGGCAAGCAUGA